CUCAGCUCUUCCCAUUUCCAAGCUCUACAUUCUUCGAGCCCUUUCACUUCUCUCUCUAUCUCCUCGAAAAACCCUUUUCUAGGGUUAGGGUUUUUGCUUCUUCUGUUAAAUAUAUAUCCUCAAUUUUAGGGUUAGGGUUUCUCUUCUACUGUUUUCAAUCUUUAGGUUUAGGUAAUUUAUUCUUUGAUUCGAUUUUGGAUUCUGGGUUUCGGCGCUUGUGUUCUUUCAGUGGAUCUGGAUCUGUGGUGCCAAUAUUAAAUUGAUGAUGAAUGCAAAAAAGAGAGGGAAGCCUGAUGCUGGCUUCAACGCUAAUGGUGGAUUCAAAAAAUCUAAGCAAGAAAUGGACUCCUUAUCAACUGGUGUAGGAAGCAAAUCGAAGCCAUGCACCAAGUUUUUCAGUACUGCUGGCUGUCCAUUUGGUGAGAGCUGCCAUUUUUUGCACUAUGUUCCAGGCGGCUACAAUGCAGUGGCCCAGAUGAUGAAUCUAGGGCCAGCUGUCACUCCUGUUUCUAGAAACAUGGCAGCCCCACCAGCAAUUCCUAAUGGUUCUGCUCAAUCCGCAGUUAAGAGCCGCUUGUGCAACAAAUAUAAUACUGCUGAAGGUUGCAAGUUUGGUGACAAAUGCCAUUUUGCACAUGGUGAGUGGGAACUAGGCAAGCCCAUUGCUCCAUCACAUGAUGAUCCUCGUGCCAUUGGAACUAUUCCAGGCCGCAUGGGUGGUCGAAUGGAACCCCCUCUUCCUGGCCCUGCUGCUAGCUUUGGCGCCUCGGCCACUGCAAAAAUCAGUGUGGAAGCUUCCCUUGCUGGAGCCAUAAUUGGUAAGGGCGGUGUGAAUUCCAAGCAGAUCUGCCGCCAAACAGGAGCGAAGUUAUCCAUCAGGGAACAUGAGACAGAUCCUAAUCUCAGGAACAUUGAAUUUGAGGGAUCAUUUGAACAGAUUAAGCAAGCUAGCGCCAUGGUUUCAGAGCUAAUUGCCAGUGUUGGUUCUGCAAAUGCCCCUGCAAAAGCUACAGGAGCAUCCGGGGGCCAUGCUCACCCAGGAAGCAACUAUAAAACAAAGUUAUGUGAAAAUUAUACCAAAGGGUCUUGCACCUUUGGUCAAAGAUGCCAUUUUGCUCAUGGAGCUGCUGAACUACGCAAGUCAGGGGUGUGAUUAGGCACAUCAGUUUUCGUAGCUAGUUUAUUGCACGGGUUGUGCCAUCUUUGUAUUAAUGAGAGCUUCGUUUUAAGUGCUGGCUGUCCAAUGCUACUAAGCGACAGUGAUGAAACUACGAUAACUUGUGAGUUGUUGUGCUUCCUUUUUUACUUUAUUAGAACUGUCAUUGCUUUAGUUA